UUGUUAGCGACGCCUAUCAUUGCAUUAAAACAUUUUUGAUACUUGUAUUGCAAAGUGUAUGUAAUAAAUGGUAUGAAAAGAUGCGAAACCAAAAUAUGGCCGAAUCUAAAGCCUCCGGUUUUUCACGAGUUGUCCAAAAACACUCUUUGAGGGCCAAAGAAAGGUUAUUACAAAACUUUGGAAAAGCAGAUAAAACUACUGAUGAGUUGUUUGAAGUCUAUCAAAACAAUUUCAAUAAACAACAAAAUACAGCUAAUCGGCUACAGAAGGAGCUUAAGAACUAUUAUAAUUGUUGUCGAGAGAUGCAAAUGGCAUCAAAAUCACUAAUGGAUUGCAUUGAAGAGAUAUAUGAACAGGAGUGGCCGGGACACGACCAGAUCCAUCUCAAGGCACAGACACUGGAACUAUUGUGGGGUGAUCUGUGCCAUAAAAUCAAUGAUCAGUGCACUAUACCAUUAAGCACUUACUUAAGCCAAUUCUCGGAAAUUCGGAAUAAGAUCUCGAAAAGAGGCCGAAAGUUGGUUGACUAUGACGGGUGUCGACAUAGUGUGGAAGCAGUGGAGACGGCCUCUAAAAAAAGGGAUGACAUUAAGGUAGCAAAAGCUAGAGAACAGAUGGAAGAGGCCCGACGACUAUAUGAAGUGCUCAAUAAGGAACUCCAUGAAGAGCUUCCGGCUCUCUAUGACAGCAGAAUACCAUUUCUGGUAUCAAAUCUUCAGACAUUAUUCUCAGCUGAGAAUACCUUUCACAGCGAAUAUUCCAAAGUUUCGACGCAAUUCUGUGACCUAAUCGAUGUAUUGGCUGCCGAGGCUUCCAAAGGCUCUUUCAUUAGCAAUGGUAGGCAUACCAUCUCUUCCUCACCUAAAGCAGCGAAUAAAGUAGACCCAAAUGGCACUAAACCUUAUGAAGAAAUUGAUUUUAAACCAGCAAAUCGUGACAUUAAAUGCAAUCAAGAAUCGCAAAGGAUUUCGGUUACCAAUGGUUUAUCUACGCCAUCAAAAACAGUUGAUACGGUUUGGGUCGACAACACUUGUAAUGAUACUAAAGAAUCGCUCAAUAAGUUGGACAAUACUGUAUUAAAUGAAUCGACUCAUAUACCUGAUUGUCAUAAACCGGAUAUAAAGCAUGAAUUAAAUGAAAAGUCGAAAGCAGAAGAGCUUUAUGACAUCCCGAUCGGCGCCACGACCACUGAUUUGCCUCCAGGAGUACUCUAUAAGGUUAGGGCAACAUUCAAAUACGCUGCUGAAGACUCGGAUGAACUAUCAUUCGAGAUGUCAGAGAUCAUACAUGUAGUUGAUUAUGAAGAUCCCGAGGAACAGGAGGAAGGAUGGCUUAUGGGUAUCAGAGAAUUGAAUGGCGAUAAAGGACUAUUCCCGGCCAACUUUACCCGUCCUAUUUAGUACAUAAGCAAACACAUCGUUUAAUGACUUUAUGACCAUAGUAUUAUAUUAUAGUAAUUAUAACUUAAUUUUAAAGUAUAUAUUAAAUGCAAUAUUAACUAAACAUAUUUGAGUCAAAAUAUUGGAGGGUUGAGAGGU